CUUAUCUCUGAAGCUCUUGGCAAUUUCCACAAUAAAGCCUUCCAUUUCGGGGCUCGAAUUUCCUCAUUUUUACUGGGAAAUGCAUUGUUUGAUCGCAUAGUGAUUCCGAUAGCAAUUGUGAGUGUGGAGGAGGUGGAGGAGGAAGAAGAAGAAAGAACGGGAAGAGGAGGAAGAAGAGAGGGAAACUAUGUGCAAUGCGAGUUAGCUUGCGCUAGCAAAUUCCCCCAGCGACUUCCAUCAAAAUCGAUGCCUUGAAAUUAUCACAGAUUUUGUAGAUUCAUGAUGAGGAGUUCGAGUUUGAAGAAAUGGGCAGUGGGAUAAGAAAAGUAGUUUGCGCUUGGAAAUGAAGGAGAGGCAACGUUGGACAGCUGAAGAGGAUGCUUUAUUACGUGCUUAUGUCAAACAGUAUGGUCCUAGGGAAUGGAAUCUUGUGUCCCAACGCAUGAACAAACCCCUUAACAGGGAUGCCAAAUCCUGCUUAGAAAGGUGGAAGAACUACCUCAAGCCCGGCAUCAAGAAGGGGUCUCUUACUGAAGAAGAGAAAUCUCUCGUCAUCCGCCUUCAACAGAUUUACGGCAACAAAUGGAAGAAAAUUGCUGCAGAAGUCCCUGGUCGCACUGCUAAGAGAUUAGGUAAGUGGUGGGAAGUAUUCAAAGAGAAGCAGCAGAGAGAAAAAAAAGAGAUCAACAAAACGGUUGACCCAAUUGACGACACCAAAUACGAUCAUAUACUGGAGACUUUUGCAGAAAAGCUUGUGAAAGAACGCCCUUCCCCAUCCUACCUCAUGGCUGCCUCAAGCGGGGCCUUAAUUCUUACUGAUGCAACUGCUCCUCCAUCAGCUAUGCUUCCUUCUUGGCUUUCAAACUCUAACAGCACUUUAACUAUUAGGCCACCUUCCCCUUCUGUAACGCUAAGUCUCUCUCCCUCACCUGUGGCUGCUCCACCUCCAGUUCGAUGGCUACAACCUGAGAAAAUGCCAGAGAAUACUUCUGCUGUUAUUGGGAAUGUAAAACCUCAUGGAACUAUUCCAUGUUUUGGUGAUAACAUGCUUGUAUCUGAGUUAGUUGGAUGCUGCAAAGAAUUGGAAGAAGGGCACCGGGCAUGGUCAAUGCAUAGGAAGGAAACAGCAUGGAGGUUAAGGCGGGUGGAGCUGCAGUUGGAGUCAGAGAAGGCAUGUCGUAUGCGGCAGAAGAUGGAAGAGUUUGAAGCAAAGAUUAAAUCUCUUCGGGAAGAACAGAUGGCUGCUUUGGAUAGAAUGGAAGCUGAAUACCGGGAGCAGCUAGAUGAACUGAGAAGAGAUGCAGAAACCAAGGAGAAGAAAUUAGCUGAGCAACUGGCUGCAAAGCACUCAAGGCUUAGUAAGUUUCUGGAGCAGAUAGGUUGCGGACCCAAGCUUGCUGAGUCAAAUGUAAGAUGAAUACUCCGUCCACUUAUAGCAUGAAUUUAAGGAGUGUUUGAUUCUUCUUGUUUUGAUCUUGCGUCUAUUCUCCUAGAAAUUUUCAUAUGCUUAUGUAUACUACUUGGGGAAUUUGUGGUAUAUUAGUUGAUAUAGGAGGCAUAAUUUUUGCACCCAUCUUUAUGAAUAUAAACUAGUUAUAACUCCAAUUUGUCUGGAUAACUUGUCUUCUUGAAGAGUAUGAUGAACUGUUGGUUGAUUGGU